GAGCUGAGAUAAAGGCUGAAAGUACAUACUGUUGUACAACACAGUUGGUAACUAUAGUGAAAGAAAGCGCUCCAAGAUGUGACCAGACUACAGAGGCCAUUAAUGCAGUGACACUAUUGCCAGUGUACCCAUUGUCAUGCGCCAAGAAUUUGCCAUUUCCCCUUCAGUUCUAUUAAUACAGAGAGGAUGGCAUCAUUCAGUAUUUGUCAGAUUGUAACACAGGGGUGAAAGAUUUGCCAAGUGUCUUUGUUGAUGUUUGGGACUGGAUAACUGGAUAAUUUGGGAUAAAGGUUUAAUAGAAAAGAACCGUAUAAAAGAAGUGAGCAGCAGCUUUCUGUAGCGUUUCACAAGUUGGCUAAUCGGAUUUACUGUUGUUGUAUCAGCAUUGGGCAUUGAAAAUUUCCAAAACCUCCCGGGUGUUUUUCAAUUUUAAAAUUGUGUUUAAAGAUGCCCCGUCCUUUAUUUCAAAGAAAUGGUUGCUGGGACCCUCUUCAGGAAAAGACACAAAACCUUUUCACCCAAAACACCGACCUCCCUUGUUUCCUCGAACCAGAUGAGGUUAGCUGGAUCGAAUCGGCAAGGAAAAGACUGGGGAUUUCAACCUGCCCAGGAUCUAUGCGUUUACCUCUCUUCAGCUCUUUGUGCAUGGAGAUUCCACCUAAAUCAUAUACUGGAUCAGAAGGACGGGUUUCUGAAUCUGUGUGUGAACAAAUAAAAGGUCAACAAAACUGGAAAGUGUGUCUUGAUGUCAGUCCGUUUUCUCCAGAGGAGAUAAACAUCAAAACCAAGGAGGGAUAUUUGGAGAUAACCGGUAAUCAUGAGGAAAGGCAGGAAAAUCACAGGUUGAUCUCAAGAAGCUUUACAAGAAAAUACAAGCUUCCAGCUGACUUAGACCUGAAACAGAUCAACUCUAUGCUGUCUCCAGAUGGUAUACUCUCAGUUGAGGCCCCUUUGCAAGGCUCUAAUAUCAGUAUCCCUGGAGAGAUUAUCAUCCCUAUUCACAUGAUGGACAAACAGUUACCUGCAUAAUCAGAUGAACUGUGCCUAACUGGUAACAAGUAACGUACAGUUCUAGUUAAGGGUUAGGCAUAGCCCAUUUGAUUUAACAUUUAUGUGUUGAAAGUAAUGAAUGAGUUAACCUUUUGCUUUUGAUAGCUAACAUUAGAAGAGUUUGUAAAUAGUGGCUUUGCAUGAAAAUAUUUAUCUUGUAAUGAAUUAUUACCAAACAUGACUGAAGAUAUAAUAUGCCAAA